CAAAUUUGGCUGUAAAAUGAGGGACCAAAAGCAUUUGUAGAUGAAACGCUGCGUUAAGGAUCUUGUUCCUCCCUCGUGUUAGGGUUUUUCAGAUUUCCAUUUUACCUCCAUCUUCUCCCCAACCACAGUUCACAGUAGCAGCCAUGGAUUCCACCUCGCAAUGACGCGAUUUCUCGAUGCGAGCCUCAAUUUCUCAACCCGCGCUUCAAAUCGUCGUGCGAUACGGUACGGUUUUCUCUCCCCUGAUUUUCUCAUCCACCAUCUACCCGCAAUCGGCGAUUCGUUUCUAGCUCAAUGUGCUUCUUGAAGCUUCUACCUCCAACGAAACAACUGAUUCUGUUAUCGGGAAAUUCGUUUUUGCUCAGGGGUUCGUCGUUUCAGAGACGAUGAUGGGUUCGAACCAUGAACUCAAUAACCAUUUUGGGUCAUAGGAUGGUUCAGAUAAUUUCCCAUUGUUUAAACAUUUCCCGGAGAUUUUGUGAUCAACCCUUUCAUGUUGAUGAUGGGGUUGUUAGCAGAGAGUUUGAUUUGGUUGAGGAGCCUUUGAAGAAAAUGUAUGUAGCUUCGUGUGAGAGCGUGGAUUUGAGCUACAAGAAGAAUGAUAGCUUUAGAUACGGCGAACAGCGGUUUUCAGAUUUGGGGAUUGAUGUUGAGAGGGUUCUUGAGGUUCUGCGGCGAGAUUGCCUUGAUUUUGAUUUUAGGGCGGCCUUAGAUGGGUUGCGUGUGAGGCCAUCGUGGCUUCUUGUUAGAGAAGUCCUGUAUGGGGUGUUGAGAGAAGUGAACGGUGAAAACAAGACCACAAUCGCGAAAGUGGCAUAUAAGUUCUUUUUGUGGUGUGAUCAGCAGGAGGGGUAUGGGCACACUCCUAACACUUAUCACUUGCUCAUGCAGAUAUUCGCGGAGUGCGAUGAGUUUAAGGCAAUGUGGAGGCUUGUCGAUGAGAUGAUUAAGAAAGGUUUUCCUGCCACUGCCCGCACUUUCAACAUUUUGAUAUGUAAUUGUUGCGAGGCAGGUUUCGCUAGGAAGGUGGUGGUAAAGUUCAUAAAGUCAAAGUCGUUUAACUACCGGCCAUUUAAGCACUCCUAUAAUGCAAUUCUCCAUUCUCUUCUUGUUUUAAAGCAGUACAAAUUGAUUGAGUGGGUUUAUAGACAGAUGUUGCUCGAGGGUCUAUCUUCGGAUGUUUUAACUUAUAAUAUUGUCAUGCUUGCCAAGUACAGACUUGGGAAGUGGUACCAGCUCGAGAGGCUGCGCGAUGAGAUGUGGAUAAAUGGCCUUUAUCCAGAUUUUCAUACUUAUAACAUUUUUCUUCAUGUUCUUGGUAAAGGAGACAAACCGUUUGCUGCUCAUAAGCUUUUAGAUGAAAUGAGAGAAAGAGGUAUAGAGCCAACUGUUCUUCAUUUCACCACGCUGAUAGAUGGACUGAGCAGAGCAGGAAAUCUGGAUGCUUGCAGAUAUUUUUUUGAUGAAAUGGUAAAGCAUGGAUGCGUGCCAGAUGUCGUGGCUUACACUGUAAUGAUCACGGGGUAUGUGGUGGCUGGUGAGCUUGAGAAAGCUCAGGAAAUGUUUGAUGAAAUGAUUUCUAGAGGACAAAUUCCUAAUGUGUUUACUUAUAAUUCCAUGAUUCGUGGAUUAUGUUUGGCGGGAAAGUUUGAUGAAGCAUGCUUGAUGCUCAAGGAAAUGGAAACUAAAGGUUGUAGUCCAAACUUUGUUGUCUAUAGUACAUUAGUGAGUAAUCUGCGGAAUGCUGGAAAGCUUUCUCUAGCUCGUAAAGUGAUAAAACAGAUGAAGCGGAAGGGGAAAUGUGUUCACCAUAUUUCAAAGUUCAAAGGGAAAGGGUAUAAGAGAUAGUCUGGUUAGUGAUGUUAACUCAUGAGCCAUCAACGUAUUGAUCUGGUUAACUGAGAUCAAUUACCUGCCAGUUGUUCAGCUGGUGUUGAAGCUGGAGAAUGAAAUUUUGAUGGUUGAACCUAAGAUUGAAAGCAAUGGGAGCGAUCAGGUAUUGGUCACUUGGUUUGUUGGUCAAUAUGGUCAUAUCUGUAGCAAGGAACAUCAGCAUAAAGUUGCAUUAAGCUAUUGCCAAGAGCUAGAUUCGCAGUAUGUCAUUUUGUUGCUUUCCACUUGCAUGCUUAAAUCGGUUGCUUGCAUGUGGGCUUCAAAGACAGGUUUUAGUCUGCUGUCAUGUUCCAGAUGAUUAUUGAGAAGAGUUCCCCUCACUCAGAUUAUUGUUUGGCUGGUUCUUAGUUGGCCAGAUAUCUUGUGCUGAGUUAACACAUGAUAGACAUAAUCUCUCAUCUUCCAGAGUGGGGCAAGUUGCAUGUGCUGAUUCUGAAGUCUAUACAGCUUAAUGCUAUCCUAGACAUGUUAUGAACGCCAUUGCUGUGUUGCCUAUGCAAUAUGUAUUAUUCACCUUGCACUGCCUGUUCUUUGGAUGCUAUUCCAGACAUAUGAAUGCUAUUGCCUGUGCAAUCUGCAAUAUUCAUGUUGCCCUACUUGAUCUAUUGCAGAUGUCUACGAUGUUUGGCAUAUGGAGGUUUGUUGUAGAUACCCCCCCCCCUGUUUUUUAGCCUUGAAAAGGUGUAAACACUACCUUCUGGUUAACUAAUCGCGUCAGAGAUACAGAAGGGAAAGCGACUUUCAAACUUGAUAGCAAUUCUUUUAAUCUUUCUUGUGCAUGCUUUUGACAACUUGCUAAUGUUGUUUUUGUUGUAUGCCUACUUCCAUUAAUAGUCUUUCACAAUUUCAUAGCUAGAAGCCACAAAUGACAGAUUCCUGUAUGCGCAUCCUUCUGUUAAUCUAAUGAUAUUUGAAGCUGAGAAACAACUCAAUGAACCCUCGAGAUGACUUUUAUAUGUAUUUGCAUGGUUAGUAAUAUUUAUUCAGCUAUUUGCCUCA